AAUUUACAUACCAUUGAUUGUUUUAUGCCUUCUAUUUUUCGAUUAUAAUUAUAAUGAAUUGCGCAUUGCUAUUCGAAGUACAUGUAUAAGUAUUAUGUCACAUAAAGCUAAGGCUAUAAUGAACAAGUAUAAAUUGAUUGGGAAGACACACGUGUUAUGUUGUUGUAUGGAAAUAUAUAAAAGUGUUUUCUAAACAUGGAUUUAAUCUCUUUAUACACUACUUUAUCUUAUAUCACUCGUUCACAAAGGGCGAACAAUAACAUGAGAAUAACGCAACAUGUUUGAAGGAAUAUCACUAUUAAUUAAUAUCAAUCUAAUACAUGUAUCAUAUCAUACGUUUGAAAAGCAACAUUUGUACGAACGGAUUGGAUAAUUUCUUAUAGAAUUUCAUGAAAUUUAAGCAAAAACUGUUUGAUGAAUGAUACAAUUUACUAGUCUUUUAUUCAAAGUCCGAUUAAUUUUAGUUACUACAUGUAUCUCUAAACAACUAAUAAAAUAUGAAAAAUUAUUUCAGAAAUAUGAUUUACAGCAGUUAACGGAGAUAUACAACCCCGUAGGUCAUCAAACAUCUGUCGUAGUUAUAAAAGCAUUUUGAUGUCCAAUCAAAUAGGAUAUGCUUGGCAAUUCGGAAUUAGGAUUUUAACUAACUGGAUUCGUUUUCAGUGUUCAUACUUUUGAAAUUUCAUUAGUAGAUAUUUUAUCUGACAACAGAAAUGAAAAAAUAAUAAUAAUUAAACUGAUAAUAACUUUCUUUAAGAACUAUUAAGAUAUAAAUUAAAAAGGAUUUUAUGCAUAAAAUAACAGAAAAUAUUUUUAGCGGAAGCAAAAUGACCAUUUAACCGAUAUUUAUGGCUUUAUUUUAAGGAAAACAAGUGGUCCCACAUUUCAGGACUGAAAACCAUGGAAAAAUUGUGCAAUAUAGAUGGAAGACAAAAUCUGCGAAUUAAUGUUGGAGGAACUGUUUUCAUAUGUCAUGCAGAUAUUCUCAAAUCUUUUCCAGAAUCUUUUCUUGCUAGUAUUGAUAAGCAAAUGCCAAAUCAUGAAAACAAUGAAUACUUUUUUGACAGAAAUCCGUAUAUAUUUGCUUUCAUUCUCGAUGGUUUUCGCAAAGGUUCUAUCCAUGUACCGAAGGAUAUUUGUGGAACUACUUUCAAAGAGGAAUUGGAAUUUUGGGAAGUUGCCGAGAGCAACGUUGCUCCUUGUUGCUGGGAAGCCUUAUAUAAAAGCGAUGAAGACAGGUUAACAAUGCAGAAACUAAUGAAGAAGUUUGAGAGAAAUACAAAUGUUUUCUUAGCGCAGCGAAAUGGUGUUAGUUUUAAAAAUCGACUUUGGUUAUUUCUUGAUGAACCAAACUCGUCUAAAUUUGCUUUGGUAUGGGCAGUUCUCAUCUCAAUGCUGAUAGUUGCUUCAACGAUAAUAGAAGCGAUGGAGUCAGCACCACUACUCAGCGUGAAUUACACCGAGUCGGAAAAGAAGACCCUGAAACAAGUAGGAGAGUUCUUGGACUGGGAUAAUGCUACGUACCAACAAAUGACAACACUGAAGCCACAUCCAUAUCUGAAAACAUCAGACAUAAUUUGUCAUAGCAUCAUUACGAUGGAAUUCAUUUUAGGUUUUAUCGUUUGCCCGAAUAAAUUCACGUAUGUGUCAAGCUUUUCUCGAUUAUUCACAGCUAUUGGAUACAUUUCAUUCUGGACAACAUUAACGAUGCUAUAUGAAAGAUGGCUUUUUGAAUACAAAACGGCGGUUAAAAUAUUCACUGUGCUUUCGUAUUUGACAAUAUUAAAGAUAGCUCGACUAUUUUAUCUUACAAAGCGUACACCAGCAUUUGGUAUCAUAGGAUUGACCCUAAGUUCUUCAAAGACAGAAUUGAAAAUCCUUAUUUUUAUGCUAGCAUUACUAGUAUGCACAUUUGGAUUUGUGAUAUAUUCGACUGAAUACCAGCAUUCAAAAAUAACAAAUGUAUUUAUCGGAAUGUAUUGGGCCUUGAUCACUGUUACAACAGUUGGGUAUGGCGAUUACGUUCCUGUGACGCCUGCCGGUCACGUGGUCGCCAUUGCUUGUGCCGUGUGUGGUGUAAUCAUUCUUGCUUUACCGAUUGGUAUAAUUGCGUCAUCAUUUUAUACAUUCUACAACUAUCAUAAAUAUUGUAGGAGACAUUUCGAAAACAAAAAAAUAAGUAAGAACAAAUAGUAAAACGGAUUUUAAAAAAUCCCGUUAAAGACAUAUGAAGAUACAUUUUUCGUGAUUUAGACCUUUUUGAUAGUAAAACCAUACAUGGAAACAUUUUCUCUAUUGAUAUGUUAAACAUGCACAUAACUUCUCAUCCUACGAGGGAACAUCACUAAUACAGCAUUUCUGUGCUACUGGGAAACAAAUGAAUGUUGUAAUAUCGACUCGAGUAUGUAGUAUCCAUUGAGGUCCCGAUUAACUGUGUUGACAUAUUGGACAAUGUUGGCAAACAACGUUUAAUCAUGAAUUUUAAUUAUACUCGCAUUGUUAAAUUUCAAGGGAAACAAUAACUCGGUAAUUAAUAUAUCGAAAUGGAAUUCUGUGUAUCAUGUAUUUCGGAGAUGUUGAGCUGUACGCUUAUAAAACUAUGUGUUUCGAAAUUUA